AUGUCUUAUUGGGAUGAAGAACCUCUUCCAUCUGUCCAGGAAGUCAGGAAAUGGAACCGCAGUCAAGUUAUUGAGAACCUUCAAAAGAUAGUGAGCCUUGAAGAAGAUGAAAUUCAAAUACUCCAGAAGAAAAGGAUUUCGGGUAAAUCUUUUCUUGGAUUGACUGAAGAAAAACUUGAACAAUUUGGCUUGGAAUUCGGACCAGCAUCGGAAAUAGCAGAAUUUGUCAAGGCCAUCAACGGUGAUGAAACAGCCUCUGAUUAUGUAAGGCUAUCCGAAUUGGAAAAUGAGAUUGCGUCGUUGCGGGCGCAACUAAAUAACAAUGCCUACGAAUUCGAUGUCAUAGUUUACCCAAGCAGAAAAAAUGGGAUGAAGUGGACUGCUAAUUUAGAAAAAGUGACCAUCGAACAAUUCAUAGAAGAGGUAAUUGCUAAGCUCAAGCCAGAGAUUCUGGAGUGUGAGGAUAUAGUGUUCAACUUCGCGGUCGACACCAAUGGUAAUCAAUACCUUCCCAGAAAGGAUCCAGAAUUUCGUCAGAUGCUCCACUCGUUUAUCAGGAAUCAAACUCAAAAGUUCACAGUAUACCCUGUAACAUCAUCAAAAGAGUUCAGUGAUUAUGACUUGCCAGAGGUAUGCCGGCUCUAUGGUCUACAGUCAGAAGAUCCAGAAGCGUUCCCGCUGUUCGAGUGUCAAUGUGAAGAUCUUAGCGAUAAAGGAUCCCAAGCAGUGGUAGCAGACCUCAUGAAUAACUUGAGGUUACGUCUUGAUAACAUCGAAGUUGCAAUGGGCAAAAGGACGAAAUCAGAAUAUGUGACUCCUUUCCUGCUCGCGGCUGCAGAUCUUAAAAAAAGAAAAUUCAUACUACGGUUUGAGAAGUAUAUUUCAGGACCGAAUGGCCAUGGUCCAGUAGACUCCUUAUACGAACUGCGGAUUAACUUAAAAACAAUAGCCGUGACGGAAUUCGAAAAGGGGGAUAUCACGAAGGGCAUUGCCCAGAACGUUGUUCAAUUGGAUUCAGUUUUGAGGGGUCGCAAGCGUAAGUUUGACGAGAUGGAAGAGGCGCACCCGGUCAACAAGGUGUUUGGAAUUGUGACAGAUUCCCUUUACUGGUACUUUAUUGAGUGUUCGUUGAAUGAUGCGGGGAAACCGGUGUUCAAGCUGUCCAAAGUGAUCUUGAUGACCUAUGAAAAUAGGGAUAUAGAGCAUUUGAAACCUCUAGUAGAGAAGAUUCUCGGUCAUAUCGCUUGGAUAUUGGAAGAGGCGCUAAAACAGGAGAAAUCAGAGAGGGGUAACAAGAAGGUCAAAAAAUAA